AUGUUAUGCCGCUCAAAGACCAUCAGACCACAGGUGUCUGUAUUUAGAACACCCAGAGUUCCAAGAUCACAGUUCCAUUCGAGUACUUUCAUGCUCGCAGGUCAUUCUAAGUGGGCCAAUAUUAAGCACGAUAAAGCAAAAAAUGAUGCUAAGAAGUCCAGGGAAGCUUAUUCGAUUGCCACUAGGAUUGUUUCGAGUGUCAAAGCUGGAGGAGUUGAUGGUAAUGCUCAAUUGACAACUCUUGUUGAAAAGGCGAAGAAGUUAAACGUCACCAAGAAGAUCAUCGAAAAUGCCAUUAAGCGAGGAACCGGGGAAAUCAGCUCAGAUGGACAACAGCUCUCGGAAGUUACAUACGAGUUUAUGGGACCCGGAGGUGUUGCAUUUAUUGUAGAGGCAAGUACAGACAAUAAGACCCGUACAAUUGGGUUGGUGAAACAUGCCAUGUCAAAGUUUAAUGCGUCAUUGAGUCCAUGCCAGUAUUUAUUUGAGCGUAAGGGUUCCAUUAUAUUCUCGCCUCUCAACGACACCGAAACUCUUGACGAUGUGCUAGAAGUGGCAAUAGAUAUAGGUGCAGAGGAUGUAGAAGACUACAAGGAUACCGAUAAUGAGUAUGGCAAGGAAAAGUUGUUCAAGAUAGUGACCAAUGCGGGAGAUAUCUUUGAAAUCUCCAACAAGUUAUCGGCAAAAGGAUAUAACCUUAAGGACUCGGCCACUGGGUACAUGGCCGAGAACGAUACCCUUGUCGAGUUUCCCGAGGCCCACGAAAAAGGCCUCAAAAAGGCAUUGGAGCUUUUGGACGAAAUCCCCGAAUUGACUAACUACUACUCGAACAUCAAGGACGACGAAUAA